AUGUUAGUUAUUACAUUAGUUUGUGAAGAACUUCGAUCGUUAUUUGUAAUACGAGCACCAUCAGCACGAAACGCUGUUGUAAUUUAUUUUAAAUCAUAUUGGAAUAAAUUAGAUGUUGUGACUAUAAUUCUAUUUUUCGUGGGUAUUGUACUUCGAUAUAUUUCAAUAUCAGAAUGCUUUUAUGCAGCACGGAUUGUUUUAUCAUUUGAUUUAUCUAUUUGGUUUAUAUGUACAUUGGAUAUGUUUACUACUGUAAAACUACUUGGGCCUAAACUUGUUAUAAUUGAUGAAAUGGUAUAUUAUUUGAAAUUUUUCAUAUUAAUGUCUUUCAUAUUUAUACUGGCGUUUGGUGUAUCAUUUUAUAGUUUAGUAUUUGGUGAAAUAGAAGCUUUAGAAACAUUCGAAGAAAAUUUUAAAGCAAAUGGUUAUACAGCGUUUAUCUUAUUGCUUGGUUAUAUGACUAUUGUUAGUAUACUCUUAGUCAAUCUACUUAUUGCUAUGUUCAGUAAUACUUUCGAUCGUCUUCAAAGCAAUGCAGAUCGUAUUUGGAAAUUUCAACGAUAUUCAUUAGUGUGUGAAUAUUUAUCACGUCCAUCGUUUCCAUCACCUUUCAUUUUUUUGUCUCAUUGUGUACGAUUAACUUUGUAUACAUUAGCUAAAUGUUAUGCAUAUGAUGAUGAAGUUUAUUAUAAUUAUUUAAAACAGGAAAGAAAACUACUUGAUGAACCUGAUCUAGAUGAAGAACGAGUUCAAUCAUUACAGGAAAAUAUCUUAAAUAGAAUACGAAGACUUAAAAACCAUAUGCGACUAAUUAGUAAUCAACAAGCUAUUAUGUGCGAUUAUCUUGAACACUUGAUAGAUGAUUCAAAAACUAACAAUGGUAAACGUAUCAAACUAUCUAAAUGGCAUCGUUUAGAUCCUGAAUGA